UCUGCCUAUCAUUAAGUGCUUCAACCUUUUAAUAGCUUCCUUUUUUACCCAACGGAUACAGAGAGCUAUUCACCAUCCUCAAUCGACCAAGUUACUCACGAGAUCCCCUCCUCUUCUCUUCUCUAGCAAAAAUUUCUACCCAAAGAAAAGUCUACCAACAAUGGCAGCCCCGAUUGAAUUCAAUGAUGAAGUUCUCGAGGCAGGACUUACCAGAGCUGGUCUAAGCUUGGUUGGUCGAUUGCUCUGCUCCAACCAUCCCUCUCGAAUCAGAGUUCAGCAUAUGGCCAAUAACCUCUGGGCUAAAAGAGCUCCGGUGACUGUACUGGACGCAAAGCAUGAGCUAUUCCAGCUCGUCUUCUCAAGUCAAACCGACCGGCAAGAAGCUCUGAAGAAGGCUCCGUGGUUUAUCGACUCCAAGAUUUUCACCUUCAAAGAAUGGGAGACGCCAUCAGAGCGUCUAUAUCAUGAUCUCGCCCGAGUCCCAUACCUGGUCCAGUUCUGGAAUCUCCCAGAGGAGUACAGAACAGUCGCACUGGGAAGGUUGCUGGCUUCGCGUCUGGGCACAGUGGAGGAAGCUGGGAUGUAUGCAGUCUGGCAGUCGCCAGGAUGUGUGUUCAAGGCCAAAAUAUUGAUUGAUGUCUCUGCUCCCCUUGAACACAAAUUAGAAGCAAGAAAACGAGCUGCAGAUGGUUCGGUAGGCGAGACCUUCCGGGUGAAGCUCAAGUACGAAAACCUCAAGGUGGUCUGCUUCAGAUGCAGAAGAAUCGGCCAUAACCAGGAGAGCUGCUCCUUCGACCUGGUCACUGGAGAUGACGGCUCCGGCCCUGAAAUCUUUGGAAAGCGAACCGGAUCAAGGUUGAAUGAAAAUUCAAACACAUCGGUGAAAAUGGAGAGGAAGAACUGGACGAGCAAUGUAUGGAGGAACGAUGUUGGACCUGCUGCUCCGCCGCUUCCAAAACCUCUCCUCCUUGAAGGACCAAACCGUCGACAAUCUUCCAAUCGCCGAGGAAGGAGCCCCGGAAACCUAUUUUCACAGUGGGCUGCGAAGUCUCAGGGGGAAAAGUCUCUCGAGGCUUGCGAUCCCAGCCCUAAUCCGAGGGCUCAAAACACCUCUCCCACCAGGCCAGAUUUUGUUGUCAAUGGGCCGAGCCUUAAUGGGCCGAAUCUGCAGUCAGAGAACCUGGGUGAAGGGCCCAGCAAGCAUCAAACCGCACAAAUCCAAGAGCCCAUCAAAGAAAAGAUAAUGGUAAUGUGUCAUGAGGCAAAUGAUGUUCAACCUUUGCAGUUCUAAGCUGCCUCUCCAUCAUACGAUCUAGGUAAUCUAUUUUGCAGUGAGGAUCCUAGUUUUUUAUUUGAAAAUAUGGGGGACUCUCACCUUCUUGUCAUGCAAGAUUUUGAGCUUGAACUAAACAAAACAGGCAACAAGGA